ACAUUCAGCAUAAAGAAGACUGAACUCAACUCACAAUGAAGAUCCUCCUCAUCUUCUUCACUUUCUACCUGAUCUCAGGUGCAGUGAGAUGCUUUAGAGUCACUGGAUAUUCUGGAGGAAGUCUUCUUGUUAGUUCAUGGAAGCCUUGGCAUAUAGACAAUGCUAAAUACAUGCAAAAGCUACAGAGCACAACAAUAAUAAAUAAUGUGAAACAAGAUCAAUGGAUUAAUGAAGGAAAAUUUACUUUAUUUUGCAAUGAUUUUGAAAACCUCAUGAUCUACAUUAGAAAACUGAUCACACAAGAUGCUGGAACUUACCGGAUUGGGGUUCAUGGCGAGUGGUCCAUCGAUAUGACUUUAAAUGUGAAAGAGGACUCAUGUUGUAAAGUGUCUAAGAGAGUGAUGGUGAAUAUUGGAGAAACUGCCACAUUCAGCUGUGAAUAUUCACAGAAUCAUAUUAAUGAUCCUAAAAUCAUAUUCAAAGAAGUAAAAGACUCUAUUGAGAUGAUCUACAGCAUAUGGAAUAGGAAAGAAAGAUUCAGAAUUUCUGAUGACAGCCAUAAAAAUCUCUUCAGCAUCAGAAUUACUGCUGUGAGACCAGAUGAUGGAGGAGUUUAUUUAUGUGGAGCUUGGAUCAAUGGACACUCGUACAGUUACUCCAUUAUUAAUACUGUUCAUCUACAUGUUAUGGCUAAAGUGGGCGUGUCUAGAGUGAGCGGAUACUCAGGAGGUCGUAUGAUGAUCAAGUGUGAACAUCCUCAAUACAAAACCAAGACAAAAUACAUCUGUAAAGAAUCAGAUGGAUGUUCAGAGAGGAAGAAUCCAGGAGUUCAGGAUGAAUGGAUGGAGAAUGGAGAUGUUUCUUUAUAUGACGACACCAGAGCAGGAGUCUUGAUGGUGUUUUUUAGAGAGCUGAAAGCUGCAGAUGCAGGAACAUACAGGUGUGGAGUGAAUGUGUCUCACUAUACUGAGAGAUUCACUGAACUUCAGCUGAAAAUCACAGAUGAUGCAAAAUAUCCAAAGAGUGUGACUGAAUCUGCUCAUCUUGGUGAAGAAGUCAACAUCAGCUGUCAGAUCCCAGAGAAACAUAAAGUUCAUUUCUGCAAAGAGGAUGAUAAUCACAUCUGUCAAAACAUCAGCACAUCUACAGUGACAGAAAUGAAUGGUUCAUCUGAGAGAAAUGAAGAGAGAGUUUUUACAGUGAGCAUCAGUAAUGUGAGCGUGAGAGAUGCUGGAGUUUACUGGUGUGGAGCAGAAACCAGAGACACACAUUUGACUUUCAUCUCCCUGACCACCAAAAUUCAGCUCAACCUCAUCACUAAAGUGGGCGUGUCUAGAGUGAGCGGAUACUCAGGAGGUCGUAUGAUGAUCAAGUGUGAACACCCUCAAUACAAAACCAAGACAAAAUACAUCUGUAAAGAAUCAGAUGGAUGUUCAGAGAGGAAGAAUCCAGGAGUUCAGGAUGAAUGGAUGGAGAAUGGAGAUGUUUCUUUAUAUGACGACACCAGAGCAGGAGUCUUGAUGGUGUUUUUUAGAGAGCUGAAAGCUGCAGAUGCAGGAACAUACAGGUGUGGAGUGAAUGUGUCUCACUAUACUGAGAGCUUCACUGAACUCCAGCUGCACGUCACAGAUGGUGAGGAACAUGAAAUACUUUAUCUCUCCUAUUUGAAUGGCUCCAGUAGUGAGACGUGA